GAGGUUUCAACUAGGUCCUGUGGAAGGACAACUCCCAUAUGCGUUAGCACGCAAUGUCAAGUGUACUGAGUCGUAAGGGAACUAGAACGCUCGCAUAAUAAUCCCGUCGCGCGCUCGCGGUGCAGGCGGAAUCGGGUUCAUAACCGCCAGAUGUCACUGAAACAUUAAUGAUUACAGGGACACGGGCAAAGAGUGAUGUUUUCGUUUGUCAUGAGAGGACUGUCGGAAAAGAGCCUUUGCAGUAGAAAUAUCUAGAGAAACACUGCAUAUCAAAACCUGCAGGCAUUGUUUGGAAGAGUUUUCUCAUCAUGGCUGAACAUUUAUCCCAGAGUGAACUGGACUACCCUUUCAAGCUCUUAGAGUAUUUCAAUGGAUUCAGGAUCUCCAAGGUGAUAUUUUCAGCUUGUGAGUUAGGGGUGUUCGACAUUCUCCUCCAGGCCCAAAAGCCCAUGAGUUCAGGUGAGGUGGCACAGAAGCUUACGGCCAAUGAAGGUGGCAUAGAGCGAUUAUUGGAUGUGCUGGUUGCAAUAGAGAUUGUAGAGGUGGAACAGUUACAUGGGACAGCUUAUUACAGCAGUACAGAUGUUGCUAAUCUAUACCUGGCCAAGUCCAGCCCCAAAUCUCUACACAAUUUGAUCAUGUAUUAUUCUCAGACCAUCUACCCUCUCUGGAACAAUCUGGUAGAUGCUGUAAGGGAAGGAAAGAACCAAAAUGAGAAAACCUUUGGCCUCCCAUCUGAAGAGAUUUUCUCCACCAUAUACAGGUCAGAAGAAGAGAUGCUGAAGUUCAUGGGUCUGAUGAACUCUACAUGGGUCAUUGAUGGCCAUGACAUAGUGACUGCAUUUGAUCUUUCCUGCUUUAAGUCUGUUGUAGAUCUGGGGGGCUGCUCUGGUGCAUUAGCGCGUGAGCUGGCAAAAGAGUAUCCUUCCUCCACUGUCACAGUUCUAGAUCUCCCAAGUGUGGUCCAAACUGCUCAGCGACAUUUCGUCCAGCAAGAUGACACCAUUCAGUUUCAAGAGGGGGACUUCUUUGAAGGAGAAAUCCCUCCUGCAGAUCUGUUUAUUCUGGCUCGGAUUAUUCAUGAUUGGAAAGAGGAAAAAAAUCUCAAGCUACUGAAGAAGAUUCAUAUGGCAUGUUAUCCAGGUGGAGGCAUUCUGAUCGUGGAGGCAAUGUUGUUUGAGAACCGGCGGGGUCCAACUAUGGCCCAGAUUUUCUCUCUGAACAUGUUGGUCCAGACAGAAGGGAAGGAGCACCCUCCAUCUCAUUACACACGUCUGCUCACUGAGGCGGGAUUCAGGGACGUGCAGGUCUGUCGGACUGGAAAAUCGUACGAUACUAUCCUGGCACUCAAAUGAACUCGCAUUGAGCCCCUUUCAGUAAUCAGACCCCUUCUGCCUCAUCUCCAGACCUGUUGUGAUCAGACACUCGUCAGUAAUCAUGCAUAUGUCUGACAUCUGUUGUUCCACCGUGGCCUAGUUUUAGGUCUCCUGUCCAAUCAUAAAGCAGUAUUUUUUCCAACACAGACUGAGCCUAGUCCUGAAAAUUUCUACCAAAAUGCUCUUACUCUAGUAUUGGAUUAGGUCUAUCUAUUUGUGAACCUGGCCCUUGAGGCCUACAGAAGUGGUCUGAGAGGGGGUGGGUUGAGGAGCGCUUUUGGAUUGGCUAGCAAUGUGUGAAAAAUAGGCUCCUCCCUCCAUCCUGUCCAUUGUACAGUACGCCCAUGCACUGCUGUCUUGUUGACACAUGGUUAAGUGUGACCUCUAUUGGUGAUUUUCUGCACUAACACACACAGCACACACACACACACACACACACACACACACACACAUACACACACAAAAUAGUUCUUCUAAUGUACCAAAAACCCUGUUGAUUUUUAACUCAUACACAGACCUUCCAUUGAAGGUCUACAUAUAUCAGUUCCUGUCUUCACCCAUUUCUGCCUCACUUCAUUUCAAUGGUAUGAAACAGGGCCAGACAGAAGUACUAAGUUGUUGUUUUUUUGUCUAAUAUUAUUAACCAUCUCCAGGAUAAAUGGGAGGUCUCUUGACAGUUGUCAAUUGCUUGUAAAGAUGCAGAUGCAUUUUAUUUUUUUUAAUCUUUAGUUUGUGUACAAGUACUUUUUUUCUAGUGAAAACAUGCCACACCCUUGACCUUUGGCCACACGUUUAUUUUUGUCCAGGAAUAACAUACUAAUAAAAGGAAACAAUGAACAAUGCUUUUUGUUGCUAAGUAAUUCCUUGUAAAGCUUGUAUAGCCUACUCUUUCAGCAAUGUUCAAAAUGUUCAUGGCACACCUCACCUACUAAAAAGGUCAAAUAAACAACUCAAAUGCA